AUGGUAUUGCUAAGGACAACUCUGAUACUGUUACAGUGCUGUAAUAUUGUGCUAAACUAUAGGAUACUUAUAUAUGCACCGCAGAUCGCUCACAGCCAUGUUUUAUUUAUGGGCAAAAUUGCCGAUACGCUUGUUGAAGCUGGUCAUAGUGUGGUAAAUUUUUACUUCUCAUCUUUUAUUUUAAACUUGCGAAAACUUGCUUUUAAUAUACAGUGGGCGUCUUCAGAAAUACUUAACGACAAUAUUCAUUUGCAACAGCUUAAAGAUGAAAAAUUUGAUAUCGGAAUCACUGAAUUAGUGAGCUUUUGCGGUAUACCGCUGUUUAAUAAAAUCGGUAUAAAAGCACAUAUAACCGCAUUUGCCGUUAAUCUGUUCGAAGGUAUAACAGAACCUUAUGGAGUGAUCAACAAUCCAAGUUUUGUUCCAGAUUCUGCUCAAACAUCUUUUGUGUUUGUCAAUAUUGAUGAAUACUUUGACUUUCCACGACCAGUGACUGAAAAAAUUGUCUAUGUUGGGGGGAUCGCUGUAUCAAAACCAAAACUUUUGGACGAUAAAUUUGAAAAAAUUAUGAAUUCGGCCUUGCCUAAUGUAGUGUUGAUAUCGUUUGGAACUGUUGCAAAAAGCAGCGAUAUGGGACCGGAAACUAAAGAAGCCUUUGUUGCAAUGUUCAAAGAAUUUUCAAAUAUAACAUUCAUAUGGAAAUAUGAAGAAAAUGAUCACUAUGCUGCUGAUUUACCAAAUGUAAUCAAAAUACCUUGGGUACCUCAAAAUGAUCUCCUCAAUCAUAGAAAUUUACGAGCAUUUAUAUCACAUGGCGGUUUGAACAGUUUAACUGAAAGUAUCUAUGCUGGAAUACCGGUUCUAUGUGUGCCGUUGUUCGGCGAUCAAAUGCGUAACGCUCGAAUCGCUGAAAAACGUGGUAUUGGUAUUACGUUAGACAAAGAUCAUUUGAAUUCAAAAACUCUAAUUGAAGCUAUGAAAUCUAUAUUAUACGAUGACAGAUAUGCUAAAGCUUCUCAUCAAUUGGCACAAAUAAUUGCAAAAAAGCCGAUGUCAGCAAAAGAACGAGUGGUAAAAUAUACAAAUUUUGCAGCACAAUUCGGUAGAAUUUCAAAUUUGGAUAAUGCCGGUCGAAAGCUUAAUUUCUUUCAAUAUUAUUUAUUAGAUGUUAUUACAUUCUUAGUUUUACUAGUUUGGCUAUUCUUCUACAUUGUUAUACUAACAUUGAAACUAUUAAUCAGAAAUAUUUGCUCUAGAAAGAUCACUAAAAUUGAAUAG